UGAGUGUACGCAUCUUUCAUCCCCAGCCCCUCCGCCGUGUUCCUGAACCCCGUCGGCCUGCAGGACGGACCGACAACUCUCCUAACUGAAAAUACCAAAAAUUACUUUACUUUCAAUUUCAGCUUCCUCUCAUCACUACUUGCAGCAAUGGUAAACUCCCUCUUUCUGCAUUAGUUUAUGGAUAGGGGGAACAGCAAGAAGUGAGCAAGAGCUGAGAGGAAGCAGAGCUGUUCUUAAACCCAAGGGGCUGCAAAGCAGGUUACCAUGGCUUCUGGACCCAUUAUGUCGAAUCCCAUCUGUUUGGUGGAAAACAAAAAAGAGAAGUUGUCGGUGAAUCCGACAGCCUUAAAGUUUCUUAGAAAGAUUUCUCAGCCUGUGGUGGUUGUGGCUAUUGUUGGACUGUAUCGUACAGGAAAAUCCUACUUGAUGAAUUGUCUUGCAGGACAAAAGCUUGGUUUUGCCCUUGGCUCUACAAUUCAGUCUCAAACCAAGGGCAUCUGGAUGUGGUGUGUGCCCCACCCCUUCAAGCAAAACCAUAAAUUGGUCCUUCUGGACACUGAGGGCCUAGGGGAUGUGGAAAAGGGAGAUCCUAAGAAUGACUCGUGGAUUUUUGCAUUGGCCGUGCUUCUCAGCAGCUGUUUAGUAUAUAACAGUAUGAACACCAUCAAUAAUGAUACCUUGGAGAAACUGCAUUACGUGACAGAGCUCACAGAACUCAUCAGGUCAAAGUCCUCCCCAAGUGCUGAGGACGUAGAAGAGGCCACAGAGUUUCUCCGUGUCUUUCCAGACUUUAUCUGGACUGUCCGGGAUUUCACCCUGGAGCUGAAAAUAGGUGAUCGGAUUAUCUCAGCAGAUGAGUACCUGGACAAUGCCUUGAAGCUGAUUGCAGGUAAGAGUGACAGAGCACAAUUGUCCAACAGACCCAGAGAGUGUAUCAGGCGUUUUUUCCCAAAACGGAAGUGUUUUGUCUUUGACCGGCCAGUACAAGACACGGUGCUCUUAGCCCAUAUUGAGGAUGCUUCGGAAAGUCAACUGGAUCCUAAAUUCCUGAAACAAUCAAAUAAAUUCCGUUCCUAUAUCUUCACCAAUGCAAGAACCAAGUGCCUCAGGAAAGGGGUCAAGAUCACUGGGAAACGGCUUGCAACUCUGGUGGUGACCUAUGUGGAUACCAUCAACAGUGGAGCAAUUCCUUGUUUGGAGAACACAGUGACAACUCUGGCCCAGCUUGAGAACUCAGCAGCCGUGGACAAGGCAGCCGAGCACUACAGCCAGCAGAUGGCCCAGCAAGUGAGCUUCCCCACAGACACACUCCAGGAGUUACUGGACGUGCACACAGCCUGUGAGAGGGAGGCCACUGCAGUCUUCAUGGAACAUUCCUUCAACGAUGACAAGCGAGAGUACCAGACGCUACUCAUGAAAAUCAUAAAGAAGAAGGAGGAGGAUUUCCUGCAGCAGAAUGAAGAGGCAUCUGGUAAAUACUGCCAGGAACUACUUGAGGAGCUUUCAGAGGACCUAGAGGAAAGUAUUUCAGCAGGAACUUUCCAUGCUCCUGGAGGGCACAAGCUCUACAGGGAAGCAAUGGAAAGGAUUAAGAGAGACUAUCUGUGCGUGCCCAGAAAAGGAGUGAAGGCAAAUGAGGCCCUUCAGGACUUCCUGCAGUCACAGACACCAAUAGAGAAAUACAUCCUGCAGGCUGACAGAGCCCUCACUGCUGAGCAGAAGGCCUUUGCAGAGAAACGAGCCAGGAUGGAGGCCGCUGAGGAGGAACAGGAAUGGCUAAAAGAUAAACAGGAGGAGCAGCAACAACAAGCACAGGCACAAUUGAGAGACCUCAGGGAGAACAUAGCCCAGCUGAGAGAGAAGCUGGAGAAGGAAAGAGAAAAUGAUAGGAGGGAACUGGAGAUGAUACUGGAACAUAAGCUGAAGAUGCAAGAAGAUAUGCUUACUGAAGGAUUUAAAAAGAAGUCUGAGGAGAUGAAUGCAGAGAUAAUCCAUUUGAGAAAAGAGAUUGAGAAGAAUAAAGAGGAAAAAGACUCGUCCUGGAUUUCACGGGCCUUUGACAUACUUGACAAUCCACAAUCUGCUGCCCGGGUGGCUAAAGUGAUGGAUUUGGGUUUGAUGGUUCUGGGCAAUCUGUUUUAAUAAGAUUAGCACCUCUUUUAAGGAACUUAUGGAAUGUGGAUAGAGGCUUCAUCCUGUUUUUGGAGUGUGUGUGUUUUCAUUCAACUCAAAAAAGGUUUAAACAUCAAAAGAACAUAAAGACUAAAGGAUAUCGGGGCCUGACACAUAUUAGAUAGAUAGGUUUUAUUAGUUUAAAAGAAAAAAAACAAAUAACUUUAUAACAGGAGUUGACAAUUUUUUCCUGCUAGGCCAGAUCUGUCCUGCUGCCUGUUUUUGUCACCGUUACUAGGAGACCACCAUGCCUCUACAUUAAUGGGUCUUUAGGCUGCAUACAGUCCCCAAUAGCAGAGCUGAGUAGCUGCAACAAAGACAGUAUGGCACACAGAACCUAAAUACUUCCUUAUAGAAGCCUGUCAUUCAAUGGUUUAUUAGCAGAGAGAGACAAAACCUGCAAUAGAUGUUAAAAUUACCUAGGGACAAAACCUAUCGAGAUUGCUACUGAU